AUGGAAGAGACCCGUAGGUCCCGUCACAGCCUGGUUUGGUUUGGUUCGGCCUCGCCUGGCCCUGAACAGAACUGAAUGCGCCAAAACAUCAAAUCUUAUUGGCACUCUCUACUUGUCCCAUUGUUUCCCUCAGCAUCGACAAACAUCGCCAACUCGUAUCAUCAACAAAACACCACGCGAUUGAUCGUUUCGUAUCUCGAUUAUAUUCGCAAACCCUACGGCGCGUUUCAUUCGUAGACGAUAUCUCUCGCCCGAUCGCGCGUCCAUCACAGCCUCCCUCGCAAUGGACGAGUCCCCCGUUAAGACAGAGGGCGCCACUCGUCAUCGCGCUGGGUACAAAUCAUGGAAGAAGAAGUAUAGAAAGAUGCGCAUCGUGUUCGAUCACAAGAUGCAUGAUGGCGAGGAGUUGCACAAGCAAGAAGACAAGGCUGCUGCAUUGGUCAAGCGCUUGGCUGUUGAGAACGACCGCUUAUUGGAUCUAUUACUCGAAAUCAACAAUUCGCCUCAAAUUCCUCCCGAGAAACAAGUCGAUGUGUCCCUCGAGCCUCCAACCCAAGCCGAUGCGCUUGUCCAUCCCCUGGAUGAAGGACAUGAGCUACCUAAGGACACACCCAAGAAGAAGCUUGAAGACCUCGUCAAGAGUGUACCACAUUCAUCAUACAGCAGCGCCAAGGAGACAUUACCACAAAUCGUCAACGAUCUUAAGGCUGUCGAUGGCGAAACUUAUCCUGCCGAUUUCUUAUCUGCCGAUGACAUCGACAACUACAUCUACGAAAUCGACAUGGCCCUCAACCCUGAGAAUAUGCUUCCUACACUCGCUCCCCGCGCUCAUCCUGGUAACCACCAUCAAUCACAUCCCCAUCUCAAGAAUCCUACAAGUGUGACAAAUUGGCUGCGCAAACAUGCCCCCAAGAUUUUCCUCCAGGACGGAGAAGCACAUGGAGACGCAGACGAUGCUGAAGGUGGCCAUACCGGCGGGCGUAAGACGCGUGGAUCACGAGGUGAGCGCGGUGGAAGAGCCAGCACAAGGGGCAAGCGCGUCAGUGCUGCAGCUCGCUCAGCAGCAGCCGCAGAUCGUGAUGUGGACGCCAGCAUGGAUGAGGAUCAGGAGCUCGCCUCAACACCUGCUGUGAGGGGCAAGCGCAAGAGAAACGCAGAAGACGACACGGGAUACAAGCCUCGUGGCUCAUCAACGAGGCCAACGAAGAAGAAGCGUAAGAGCGAAGCAGCAGAAGGAACACCAAGCGCACGCAAGUCCAAGAAGGACAAGGAGGCGCCUCUAGCUUCUGCUGAAUAGGCCCGGCAUAGGGCUGAUCAGAUACGUCUGUGUCCAGACACGCAACCUUGCAAUAAAGGGUGCUAUUGUUAGAGCGAGAGUAGCCGCUCUCGACUGUAUGGUCAAAGCUUGCAAAAUUGUAUUACUACAUAUCGAAAUCGAAGAACAGAGCCCUACGGACAGAAUCCGUAUGUAUGCGAAAAUCCCCGGCAUCAGAAUAGCAUGCCUCGACAACCGCGGUUUUUCUUCCGGCCAACCGAGGCCAUCUCGAUCGGGUCAACCCGGGCCUACGGGUGUGUUUAUCCUCUGUACUUGUCAGUCUUUGAUGUCAGCCUUUUUAUACGAUUCUUUUCAUUUUUAUAUACACGUGCGGGCUUAAGCCGAGGCAUUCCCCGCCAUGGGGCUGCAUAGAGACGCUGAAGCUAGGAACACGCACAUCUGUUUUCUUUGGAACGGGGGAAAAGGGAAACAGGGAGUUGGUUGCUAUUGUUGCUUUUCUGAAACAGGGAAUUAUUUUGGAGAUUGGGUGUCGGUUACGCUAGCUACGGACAACUACCGAGGGUUGACAGCAAGCAGUAUGACAAAAAGAGGCGUCUGAAGCGGCAUCUACCAAGAGCAGCUGUGUAUUGUUGUAUCGUACAUGUGAGAAGAGGUCCAGGGACAUGUUUCAAGGUCCAAUAGAUUUGCUUUAUGCUCAAUUUGAGCACAUCUUAUGACUCUAACACCCUUUGAUCCGCGACUAAAGGAGGACUAGGAGGAAUGCACUAUGGGGAACGAGUGGUCACAAGGCGAAUGGCCGGGGAAGAUCUAGGUGAAGAAAACUAUAAAGCUGGGUAUCCCAUCUUGUCUAUAUGCUAAGAACAAGCUUGCUUUCUACAUGGCAUCUGCUUUCCAAUAUUCGGCGGCAUGAUACAUGCUGUCUCCUCUUCAAAUCUUUGCUUUUACAUAUUCAGAAAACCCAACAUCCUAUCCAACCACAAUGACGAUGGAGGAAUGCUUUUCAUAAGUCGUUAGCCCACUGCAUGUGUCUAUGCAGAAGGUUCCGGUUCAUGAUUGCUCUUGACGACGCCAACUUCCUUUCUUCAUAGGAAGUGAGUGGCCAAGAGAUCGCAAGAGGUGACGCUCUUGUGGUUCUCAAGACUGUGAGAUGCUAUUCAGGUUGUGACAACAUAUUCGACGCCGAUCUUUUAAGAGUUCAUGAAAUAGCGGCUACUCUUUGCGGAGGCAUAAGAGGCCAGGAAGGUGGAAGCGGAAUUAGAGGCUAAAGGGAGGCUGUGAAAAACGACAGAUGGCAAUGUGUUUACAGCUUCUCCUUGAGGGUUCGCUUGAGGCGGCGCUCAACGGCAUCCAUGUACUCGUUGGUGGUGACAUAGUCCUUGCGCUCAGACUUGCCAGUGGCAAGGGCAAGAUCCUUGGUC